GGUUCACCGCCCAAGUACCAAGUACAUGGAGUACAUGUAUUAUUUCCAUAGUUCCAGUUCAGAGCUUGAAUCGCAAACAGAUACCUACCUAAUAAUAAGUCAACAACAAUCUACACCUCCGAUGCUGCGCAUCUAACAAACAAGAAAACCACAAUGCUUCCCCCCGUAGACGAGGCCGUCCUCAAGCAAAACCCCAACUUCGAUCGUCUAUACAAGACCCUCACCGGCUCUCUUCUCAACCCCGACGGCUCGACACGGAGCAACGACUCGGCAGCUAAGAAGCGGGAUGCCGUACACAAUGAACUUAAAGCCUACCGCCUCAAGGCUACAAAACAACAUCUCCUCCGUCGCGCGAUAGCAGCAGCAGCCAGUCCCGAACCGAGCACCAGCACGAGUACGAGUACGAGCAGCGCCGCUUCAUCUAAACUACAACAACCACCACCACAACAACAACAAUACCUAUCCCAACCUACCCGACGAACAAGACCAAGACCUCAAACGCAAAUAUCCACCACAUCCCAAGCCCCUCCCCCCGAAAUCCUCGAUCUCCUUCUUCUCCUCCCACCCUUCCUCUCCAACCCAACCUCCCUAUCAUCCCCCGCCCUCACCCUCCUCCUCUCCCGCCCUCCAUUCUCCGACCUCCCCUCUCUCUUCCCCAUCCUAACCGCCACCCUAUCCAACACCCUAUUCCGCCAAGCCAACUCCCUAGCCCGCGUGCUCAACCCCCACACCAACCCCUCCUACAUCCACCGCUCCGUCCCAGCCGUCGCCUCAACAACCACCGCCUUACUAUCCACCAUAUCCAGUUCCACGCUUGCGCUAUCGCUUGCCCGCCAGCGCGCCGCGUACGACUUAACGACGCAACUAGCGCGACACGCUGCGAUCCUAGCCCAGCUCAUCCGCGUGCUCGAGUCGAAACACGGUCCCGCCGCGCGGUCCGCCGAGCUACGGGCCGAGGAGGCCAAUCUUUCCGUGCGUGUCUGGGCCCUUGCCGCCGAGGCCUUGCUCUGGGACACCCGACGCGCCGUGUACCCUCCCGAAGCUCGGCGCGCCCUGACUAAUUAUAAGCGACACUUGGGUGAUGCGCGGAUGCGUCUUGCUGAUACCCUACGUGUGCGCCAGGCAGAGCUACAAGACUACGGGGUGAUGCCUGUCGAGAAAGGGGGGCAAGGUGGAGAACAGAGCAGCAAAGAGCGGACGAUGCGCGAGAUGGCUAGGGUAUGGCGUGAGAUGGAGUCACGGCUUAAUGAAGUCAAGGGUGAUUUGGAUCGAUUGAAAUGAUCCAUUUACCUAGUCCCCAACCCCAACGCGCUACUUUUAUUUUUGGUUUUCCGAAGCAGGCCAGUCUGUUAAUCACAGGCAUAAUGAGCAUUACAAGCACUAUUAUUUUG